AUGACAUCUCCCACCAUUGAUAAGUCGAAGCCGUAUUUUCCUCUUGCUGGAGGCGCUGAUGAUGGCUGGUCUACGGAGGAUGAAGCGACAGCCACAUGCUUUUGUGGCGCGGUGCAACUGGCAUUCCCAACCCAUGGACCUGGCUAUCUUGGCUCCUUCGUCUGUAACUGCUCUGACUGCCACAAACUUACGGCAUCCGUGCAUGCGACUAACUUCACGGUCUAUGACACGCACUUGAAACAUCUGCGUGGCCGCGACAACUUGAAGACAUAUAGCCAGUCGCGCACUGUGUUUUUCAAAACUCCUGGCAAGGACAACACCAUGACCAACUACUUCUGUUCCACUUGCGGUUCUCUCAUGUACCGCGUCGGUGCAGCCUUCCCGGGCAUGAGUAUUCUGCGCGUUGGCAGUGUGGAUGAUUUCUCUUUGCACGAGACUAAACUGAGACCCACUAUGGAGCAGUUUACUAAGGACCGUGUGGCCUGGAAGGCUCCUACGGAAGGUACUAGGCAAUUUGUGGAAGAUGGUCUGCAUGUACAGUAG